AUUCCGAAGCGGCACAUUGCCGUCGGCAAAAUGCAAUCCCGAACCUCUAGCAAGCCAGAAACGAAUGACCGUCGGUAUAUGAUGACACUACAAGCUGUUUCUGCACACAAUGGAGCUUAUAGGAGGACCAUAUCACUGGAAGCCGCGCUAGACACGUCGGAGCGAUUGAUGCAAUGGGGACAUCGAGCACGCCUCAAGCAGCAGCAAGUUGCCAACGAGCAAGACGACAACACGCUCGUACAUCCGCGACUUGCCCAGCGUCUGUCGAAAUGCCAGAUUGCCGCCGCCGCGGAGCGUCUCUCGUUUCAGUGGCGCGAUGCGUCAGCCUCUCGAUCGGGGCCAGACGUCGCGGAACCCAAGGAUGACGACAUGCGGGAGUGCACGUUUCGUCCCCAACUCGUUGCCAAAAUGGAGUCGUGGGUCACGUGUAGAUACCAGUACCCUCCGACUAUACCCCGACCUCGAGUUAUCCCAAGCGUCCAUCGCCCCUUUGUCCCUCGAAUCAAGCCCUUUCCCAUUCAAAACGAAGAAAAAGAUGUUCACGUGCGGCUGUAUCAAGAUCAUAUUCGCCAACAAGACAAACGCUCGACAUUCGAGAUGGAGCGCCAUCGAAAGCCUCGACCGACCAAAGUCGUCGACGCCGAAGGCAUUCAAGUGUUCUUGGCUCGACAAGCAACCUACGAAGCCACUCGGCAGCGCCACAUUGAGCAGCGCAGCGGUGACGACCCCGAAUGCAAGUUUACCCCACAGUUGGAUGAGCACUCGAGACACCUGUGCGCCUCUGGACGAGCGUUGGACGCAAGGAUGCGCAAAGCUCACGAGCGCCGUCAUUCGAAGCUGCAGCAUGUGCUUGCAUGCAUGCCCUCAAAGCCUAGGCCGAAACCACGCAAGACGAUCGACGACCUUGGGCCUCGGCUAGUGGAACUGAGUCGGCCCAAAUCAGUUGCCGCCGCCGUACCAGACGACUUUCAGCCGCACGUCGAGGCCAAACGAGCUCCAACGAUCGAUCUCUACGACGCCCAAGUGUUUUACGCUAAACAACAAACCAGUCUCCAGCUGAAAAAAGAACGCCUGCUGCGCCACACAUUUGAAUCUCUCUUGGACGAUUAUAGGUCCAUGGAUCCUCCUCGUCAUGCCACUGACAAGUCGUCGCGUCGGCUGCCUUCGUUGUCUACUCGAGGGGGGAGCAAGGCAGCGCCCCCUGCAUAACGCGAACCAAUGAGUUGCCUGAUCCGGCC